GACGCUUCUCGGGAACUCCUUUUCGCCCUCCUUCCCUCCUUCCUCUCUGCCUCCGGAGGCCUUCGCGAGGACGGCGGCCCGUGCGAGUCGCUGCUUGCUUUUGCUCUCCGACCAAAAGGGAAUUUUAAAAACAACUCCGCGCCACAAAGUGGCGGCUUUCCUGCAGCAACAGGCGUUGCUCCGUGUGACAAGAGGAUCGACCAUCCUUUCCACACCUAGAAUGCUGCACCCAGUUUUGAUCCCCACCUAUAAAAAAAGAUGUUGAGACUCUAGAAAGAGUGCAGAGAAGAGCAACAAAUAUGAUUAGGGGACUGGAGGCUAAAACAUAUGAAGAACGGUUGCAGGAACUGGUAUGUUAUCAAAAGGCUGAACCUUAAACAUGCCUCAAGCCGCGAGAGAAAAGCAGCAGAGCAGGAAGCCCAGCUAUUGUCACAGCUGAAGCAUCCAAACAUAGUCACCUAUAGAGAGUCCUGGGAAGGAGAUGAUGGCUUGCUUUACAUUGUCAUGGGCUUCUGUGAAGGAGGGGACUUAUAUCAUAAACUGAAAGAGCAGAAAGGACAACUUCUUCCUGAGUCUCAAGUGGUGGAGUGGCUUGUUCAGAUUGCUAUGGCACUGCAGUAUUUGCAUGAGAAGCACAUUCUGCAUAGAGAUCUCAAAACUCAAAAUGUUUUUCUGACGCGUUCUAAUAUUAUCAAAGUGGGAGAUCUGGGAAUCGCCAGAGUGCUGGAUAAUCAGCAUGAUAUGGCUAAUACUCUAAUUGGCACUCCUUACUAUAUGAGCCCUGAAUUGUUCUCUAACAAGCCUUACAAUUACAAGUCUGAUGUUUGGGCCUUGGGUUGUUGUGCAUAUGAAAUGGCCACCUUGAAGCAUGCUUUUAAUGCUAAAGACAUGAAUUCCUUGGUUUAUCGAAUUAUUGAAGGAAAGCUGCCACCAAUGCCAAAAGAUUAUAGCACUCAGUUGAAAGAACUGAUAAGAACAAUGCUUAGUAAAAAGCCAGAGGAGAGACCCAGUGUCAGGAACAUAUUGAGGCAACCAUAUAUCAAGCAGCAAAUCUCUCUGUUUUUGGAAGCUACAAAGGCAAAAACAUCUAAAAAUCAUAAGAAAGUAUCUGAACCCAAACCUCGGGGAUCUUCAGAGAAAACUGAAUUAAAGAAAGAAAGUACAGAACCUCAGAAGCUUCCAAAUGAACUUUCAAAGAAGUCCAAUGGGAAUGAAGAUAAAUGUCUAAUCAAUAAUAAAACAUUUGAAGUUUCUUCAAAGAAACAAGUAUCUGAACCUGAAAAAAACAGCAAAAAUGGUUUGAACAGCUUAGAAGUCUCUUUGGCAACAAUGAGCAAAGUCGAUAUACUUAUUGUUCCACUGGAAAAGAGAAACUCUGCAACCAAACAAUUAGCAGAAGAUAAAGAAUCCGAAAAUGUACAUAUUCCCAAUGAAGUAGAGCCAGAAAAAGCAAAAAAUAGCCCAGAAUUAAAGGAAGAAAAUUUACUGAAAAUGUCAAACAUUUGCCCCAAAACUGGAGAUGUAGAUGCUAAGGAGACAGAUAAUGGUGAUGACAGUACGAAAAUUCUGCAACCGACUUUAAAGAUUCCAUGUGUAAGCAAUAAAAGUCUGGACUGUAUUGAGAAACUGCUAGUACCGAAUGAUCCUAGAGAAAUUUUGAAUGAAGCCUGUGGAAACUCAGGAGAAGCUAAAGAUCCCAUUCUGCCUAUAAGCACGCCUUGUUUUCGGCCUCAAGGAUCGGUUCAAGAGCCUUCCUUGUCACGACAGCGACGGCAUAAGAAGCAGGAGCAGUCUGAGAUCUGCUUAGACAAGAUUACAGCACUUGGUCCUCGGCAACUGCCCGCUUUUCCUGAUGUGAAUGUAAAAACAAAAGUUAACACAGACCAUCAGCGUGCUGCAAACAUUCUGAAAAAGUCAAAAAGCUUCGAAGUAGAACAUUCCAAGGAUCGCCCAUUAUCAGCUCGAGAAAGGAGAAGAUUAAAGCAAUCCCAAGAAGAUAUGCUUUCUUCUGGGCCUUCUGCAAGACAAAUGUCUUAUAAUGCAUCAACAGAAACAAAACUUCCAAAGGAAGACAGUUCCGUUCAGAUUGCUCAGUUUACUUCAGAACCUAGCACUGAUAAGAAGAAAAGCUUAACUGGUUGUUGCACUGAGGAUGAACUGAGCUCUUCUACAAGCUCUACAGAAAAAUCAGAUGGAGAUUAUAAAGAAAGAAAAAGUGAUGAAAUGAAUGACUUGCUACGGUUGAUGACGCAAACACUAAAAAUGGAUAAAAUUGAAAGUUAUUCACAAUUUGCAAUGCCAAUACCUGACUCACAGUUCAAGCUAAAUAGGAAAUAUAGGGAUACACUGAUCUUACAUGGGAAAGCAGCUGAAGAACCUGAUGAAUAUCAGUUUCAAGAGCUUCCUUCAGAUGUCAAGUCUGGUCCACAGAAUAUUAGGAGAUUGGUUGAGAUUUUAAGAGCAGAUGUAGUUCAAGGAAUUGGGGUAAAGCUGCUAGAAAAAGUUUAUGAUGCAAUGGAGGAAGAGGAUGAACAGAAAAGAGAGCUAUGUUUGCGGAAGCUCAUGGGAGAAAAGUACACGUCUUAUAGUAUGAAGUCUCGUCAUUUAAAGUUCUUAGAAGACAAUGUGAAACUUUGACAAAUACCUCAGUUGAACUGUUUCUUCCUGAAAGAAAGACACUCAGUUUGUAACCAGAUUGAUUUUUAAAAUUUUCUUAGAUUCAUUCACUUAGAAGAUAAACUUUUUCCCAUACUGUUUCUUGUUAUCUAUUGUAGAUUGUGUAUUUAGUUUAUAAGGAGCAAUACAUGCUUAAAGGUAAGUUUGGGUAAGUCGGAUUUUUUAAAGUACUGGCAACAAGCAGCACUAAUGGUUGUCUUUUAAAAACAUAUUAAAUUAUUUUUGUUUCAAUGUCAAUCCUCAUUUAAAACUGGCAAUCCUUCAUAUAGUCAAAUAUGUAUUGUGUUGGAAUUUGCUAUUUUAGACUCUCUCUGAUUUCAGCCCAAGAAUAGAAUUUUCACUAAAGUAGAAUAAUUUUCAAUUAACGUUGUGGUAUAAUGAAAAGAAAAAACUAAAAAAUUCUACUCAGGAAAAGAACAUAAAUGUGAUGCACCAAUACAUAGAUACAGGAAAAGAAUAAGGCUAUGUGAAGACCUUAAUGCUCUCUUAGCUUAAUUGUUUGCUUGCAGGUGCUUCAUUACCCAAUUAGGUAAUAUCAUCAGUGCUGUCAAACAUGUGGUAUGUUCCCUGUUUAUACACAGUAGCUUGGUCUUGCCAGUGUUAGUGGGCAACACUCAUUGUUAAUUCCUUCAUUAGGAUAUCUUUUUCUGCUUGUUUGUCUGGUGUUAAUCCCUACUUGUUUCGGUAUUGGUUGUUGUUGAUGUAUUCAAAUCUUUUUGUUUUCUUCAAAUAAGCUCAGAGAGUACCAAGGACACCAGAAUUCAACCAUGAACUAUAUAUAUUCUCUUCAGUUGGAAUAUAUUUGUUUACAUCUUUAUCAACAUAUUUGAGAACCAGUAUUUUUUUAAACAAUGUUGUACUAAUCUAUUUAUCCAAUAUUCACAUAUAAUAUUGGAUACAUAGAUUAGUAUGACUUUUUUUUUAAAAAAAGUAAAAAAUCUUGUAGAGAUUUUUUCAUUCUAACAAAUACACACUUAUUUUAUCUGAGAAAUCAUUAUUUUUGGAAUAAGAUGGGAAAACAACAUAAAUUGAGCGUCUAGAGUAUUUUGCUUGAAACAAUGUUACUAUUUUAAUAAAUUUUGGGUUGUGA